AUGUCUACGCCAGAAGUAUAUUCAAUCGCCAAAACUCCAGUGACGUGCCACGCAUUCAACGCGGACCGCAGCCAGGUUGCUGUGAGCUUGAAUGACAACAACGUCCAGAUCUAUGCCAAGCAGGGAAAGGAGUGGAUUCUAUCUGAGACACUCUCCGAGCACGAUAAACUGAUCACGUCGAUCGAUUGGGCCCCAAACUCCAACCGCAUCGUCACCGCCUCACAAGACCGCAAUGCAUACGUCUGGUCCCUCUCUCCCGAUCCGCUUACUGGAAACUUGGUGUGGAAGCCUACUCUGGUACUUCUUCGUAUCAACAGAGCCGCUACUUUUGUCCGUUGGAGCCCCAAUGAAGACAAAUUUGCAGUUGCCAGUGGUGCAAGGGCGAUUGCUAUUUGUUCGUUUGAUGCUGAGAACAAUUGGUGGGUGGCAAGGCAGCUCAAGAAACCAAUCAGAUCGACCGUCUUGUCUGUCGACUGGCAUCCGAACAAUGUCUUAUUGGCUGCAGGGAGCGCUGAUAUGAAGGCACGCGUGUUCUCCGCUUACAUCAAAGACGUAGACAAGAGGCCCUCGCCUACCAUCUGGGGCGAGAAGCUGCCCUUCAACACUAUCUGUGGAGAAUAUAGCAGCCCCGCAGGAGGAUGGGUUCACGCAGUCGGAUUUUCUCCUUCUGGAGAUGUUUUAGCUUUUGCCAGUCAUGAUAGCUCUAUCAGCAUCGUUUACCCUGGUGGUCCCGUGGUUUACAAUAUUCGCAUUAGUUCUCUGCCAUACGUGACUUUAACCUGGACUUCCGAGGACGCAUUGGUUGCAGCUGGCCACGAUUGUCAACCUGUCGUUUUCUCCGGCUCGGAGCAGGGUUGGGGCCUUAUCGGCACUUUAGAUGAUGUCACCGCUUCCAGUGCAUCGAAGACUCAUGGUGCAAGGACUGGGACUGUCGGGAGGUUGAACAGUGCAGCGUUCAAUACGUUCAGAAACGCGGAUACGCGUGGACAUACUGGAGGAGGAGACACUGCUUCUGACACGGAGUUGCUCACUGUGCACCAGAACACGAUCACCAGCGUCAGGCCGUACGCGUAUGGGGGUGAGGGAGUCGUUAGUAGGGUGAGCACUACUGGAGUGGAUGGAAAGCUUGUCAUUUGGGAUGUUAAUGCUGUGUCGGCCCUUACUGGAAAGAUGGGCGGCUUGAGGGUUUGA